ACCUGGCGGCUGGAGUUUAGUCCCCGCGCUGCUGUUGGCGAAGUUGCGCGUGUUCCCGGGGGCUCCGGCGGCUGUCGUCUGCGGGAUCUAGUCGCGAUGGGGACAAAGGCAGGAGCCGGGAGGAAACAGUUGCUUCUCUUCACCUCGGCGGUGCUGUGUUCACUGGCGCUGGGCAAGGGUACAGUCUACACUUCAGAACCUGAAGUCAGAGUUGCAGAGAAUAACCCAAUCAAGUUGCCCUGCACCUACUCUGGCUUCAGCAAUCCCCGUGUGGAGUGGAAGUUUGUCCAAGGUACAACCACCAGCCUUGUCUGCUACAACAGCAAGAUCACAGCUUCCUAUGAGGAUCGAGUCACCUUCUCACCGAGCGGCAUCACCUUCCGUUCCGUGACCCGGAAAGACACUGGGACGUACACAUGUAUGGUCUCUGAGGAUGAUGGCAACAACUAUGGGGAGGUCACCAUCCAGCUCAUUGUGCUUGUACCUCCAUCCAAGCCUACAGUCAACAUUCCCUCCUCCGCCACCAUUGGGAACCGGGUGGUACUGACCUGCUCAGAACAAGAUGGUUCCCCACCCUCUGAAUACACCUGGUUCAAGGAUGGGAUGCUGAUGCCUAUGGAUCCCAAGAACAACCGCGCCUUCAUCAACUCUUCCUAUACUCUGAACCAAAAGUCAGGGGAGCUGGCCUUUGAUCCCAUGUCAGCCUUCGAUACUGGAGAAUACAGCUGUCAGGCACAGAAUGGAUUCGGGACACCGGUAAUGUCAGAUGCUGUGCGCAUGGAAGCUGUGGAGCUGAAUGUAGGGGGCAUCGUGGCUGCUGUCCUGGUCACACUGAUUCUCCUUGGAGUCUUGAUCGCAGGCAUCUGGUUUGCCUAUAGCCGAGGCUACUUUGACAGAACAAAGAAAGGGACCUCCAGCAAGAAGGUGAUCUACAGCCAGCCCACUGCUAGAAGUGAUGGCGAAUUCAAACAGACCUCGUCAUUCCUGGUGUGACCCUGGUCUGGCUCCCGCCCGGUCCUGUGCUUGCCUUACUCCGGUGCUACUAGACUCUAGCCCCUGGUGUCUGUAGUUUUCACAGGCCCUCCACUAGCAUCUCAGUUAGGAUGUGUUUUUUUAAUGAUGUCAGCUAUGUGCCCCUUCUCCCUGUACACACUCUCUCUCAAUCCUGCUGCUGCCGAUUGGCCUGGGACUGUAGAAAAUUUGUAUUCCUCAUCCUACGAGGGGUCGGACAGGAAUCCCAGGUGUGCCUAUUAGCUCCCUUCUAAGUAGAGAGCCAGAGGGGUGGGGCUCCCUGGAACCCGCCGUCACUACCCGACUGGGCCGCCGUGGCUUCUGAAUCGGUUUCCCUCCCCACGGAGGGCCAGCGCCAGCCAUUCUGGAGUGGGGAUUGGAGACUGGAGCGGCUGGAACAGUUGUUUGCUGAUGACGUCAAGUCUCCUCCAUCUCUGGAGCCCACUGUCUGUCUCCUCACCGGAAGUGCCACGGGGUCCUGUCCUCCGUCUGAACAUAAGCAGAUUGGCGCUGUGUCUGUAGGAAGGCCGAAGCACAGUAAACCUUCAGGGGACGCGGAGUGGAAAAGAUUUAAAACCACUGCUCUGAAGAAAAGCUGGAGCUGGUAGCCAGGCUGUCACCCUUCCCUUGGCUGGAACAACUGGACAGAGCCCUCUGAGACGUGUCUGUGGGGCUGUGUGUGGUAGCGUUGGCUGAGCCUGUGUGUGUGUGUAUGCGUGCGUGCGUGUGUGUGUGUGUGGUCUUAGCCAAAUGCUGAAAUUGGAUGGAUGUUGGAAAGCAUCUUAGCUCUUUGGUGAGAUUGUGUUUCUGUGCGUUUGUCUUAGCUGGAUGUUGGAAAUAAAAAGUUGACUUGU